AUGUCCGUAUCUCCCGCCCUCCUUACAUCUGCGCGCUCAGCUUAUCGCACACUACUCCGCGCAUCUUCCGCAACCUUUGCUGGGGAUCCAGAGGUCGCUCAAGCUUUUCGUACCAAGAUACGGUCCGAGAUUUUGACAUAUCCCCCACCGGAGGAUGCCAAAGUAUUUGAGGGGAAAAUCUCGCUUGUGCAAGAAAUUGCAGAUGUCUUGCGUAAGAACAUUGUCCAGGCCGUAAAGCUGGAUGAUGGAACCGAAGACGGUUCAGCCGCAAGGUUCAAGAUACGUUUUACGGAGCACACGGAACUAGGGUCGAACGAUUCCGUCAAGCGGCCUCCCCAAGAGGAGUCCAGUCGCAGCGCCAGGAAAAGGCAACAAACAUGUUGUUCAGCCGUUGCAGCUGAGGGCACGAAGGAGAGCGAUGCUGCUCCCCGGGUCCCGCGCUAUUAUUCUCAGCUAAAGAAAGCCAGCAAGCAGCGCGUUGUCCCGGAACUGAAGGAGGAGGAUCUUGAGGAAUCGUUCGUUCGAGGUAGCGGCCCCGGUGGCCAGUCGAUCAAUAAAACGGAAAACAAUGUGCAGCUCCUGCACAAACCGACCGGUUUCCGAGUGUCAUGUCAGGAAACGCGCUCUCUAUUACAGAACAGAAAGCUCGCUAGGCGAGUGUUACUUGAUAAGUUGGACGCCAUGUAUAAUCCUGGACUUUCGAAGCAGGAGUUGAAAAGGGCGCUUCAAAUCGAGAGAGAACGACGAAGGAAGAAGAAGGCUAAACAAAAGGCAGCCUCAGAGUAG